AUGGGCUCUCGCCAUUUCCCUGCCCGGACUGUCCUAUUUGAGAGGGAGACAAGUGGAGUAACAUACCGAGUGCCAGCAUUACUCUACAUCCCCUGCGUUGCUAAACUGCUGGCUUUUGCUGAGGAGAGGCUGAGUGUUGAUGAUGCUCAUGCCAACCUGCUGGUGCUGAGAAGAGGCACCUUCUACAAGAACUAUGUGGAGUGGGAAGAUAUGCGGGCUCUUGAAACUGCAACUCUGCCACACCAUCGGUCCAUGAAUCCUUGCCCCAUCUAUGAUGAGCUCACCGGUGUGAUUUUCCUGUUUUUCAUUGCUGUGCUGGGCAGGACCCCUGAAGCCUUUCAGAUCAUCACAGGCCAAAAUGCUGCACGCCUCUGCUAUGUGUCUAGUUCAGACCAGGGCAUCAGCUGGAGCCAUGUGACUGAUCUCACCCAACAAGUUAUUGGCAGGACCAUUGAAGAUUGGGCCACUUUUGCACUAGGGCCUGGACAUGGCAUUCAGCUCAAGUCCGGCCGUUUACUGCUGCCAGCCUACGCUUACCACAUUGACUGCAAAGAAUGCUUCGGGAAACUCUGCAAAACAACCCCACAUGCUUUCACCUUCUACAGUGAUGACCAUGGGCAGAGCUGGGACUUUGGUGAAUUCAUCCCAAACCUGCAGACUGUUGAGUGUCAGAUGGUGUCUGUGGAUGAGGAGGACGGGAGCAAUGUGUUGUACUGUAAUGCCCGGAGUCCCCUAGGCUUCCGGGUGCAGGCACUUAGCAUGGAUGACGGAGCAGUGUUUCAAUCAGGGCAGCUGGUGCAAAGGCUUGUGGAGCCCCCUCAUGGUUGCCAUGGCAGCAUCAUUGGGUUCCAAGCUCCUCUUUACUAUCUGCAUCACAACCUCCAAAUGGUUCAGGGAGAAACAUGGCCUGUUAAAAGCUCAGACCUCUUGACACAGCCAAGCACCGUACAUACAGAAUACGAGCAACAUCAUACAGACACUAUUUCUGAAUCAGAUUUUAAUUUCCAAAUCCCAACUUGGGUUAUCUAUUCCCAUCCAACAAGCUCCAGGUCCCGAGUUAACCUGGGGAUUUACCUCAGCACAUUUCCCAGGGAAGCUGACACCUGGACUGAGCCUUGGGUCAUUUAUGAAGGCCCCAGUGCCUACUCAGACCUGGCCUACAUCGAACUGCCCUACUCAGAGUUCUCAAUAACUGGGAUCCCAGCCAUAGCCUUUGCCUGCCUGUAUGAGAAUGGGGUACGGUCCCCCUAUGAACAAAUCUCCUUCAGCAUGUUCACACUGCACGAAGUUCUUCAGAACAUCCCUCUGACAACUUCUUCCUCAGGCUUGAAGCAGCCAUCAGGUGGCAAGAAGAGUUGGUGGAGGACUUGUGUCGUCUCUUAA